GAAAGCAUUUUUGCUAUUAUGAUGAUGAUGUUAAAGAGAGUGAUAUUUACUUGGCAAAGCAACCUAGAGGAAAGUCUGCGUCUACAAGUUCAGAAAUUUUGUAUGAGUUGGAGCCACUGCAUAAGCACCACAUACAGAUUACAACAAUUGGUUUUGGUGAAUCAGUUGUAUAUGAUCUAUCUAAACAAACACAGACGUCAUUAACAUCAGGUGAUAUUGAUGACUUAAAUAAAGAAAUUAAAGGAAAAGAUCAAGAGAUUGAACAUUUUAAAGCUUUUAUUAAAGAAAAAGAGAUUAGUGUCAUAAAAGAAUUUGAGUUCGUUCAGCAAAAAUUAAAUGCAAAAGACAAUGAAGUCAAUGCCCUCGCUAGUGAGUUAGCAUCAGUUAAAGAAUCAUCAGAGAGUCAGCUACAACAAAUAGAAAAAUUAAAAAUAAGACUUGAAGAGAGUCACAAGAUCAUUGAUCAAAAAGAAUCAGAGUUUGACUCAAUGCAAAAAGAACUGAUGAAGACAAAUGAAAGAUUAGAUCUACUAAAGGAGCAGCAUUUAUCUGAUGAAUCCAUGGGAAAAAUGCAAACUGCAUCAAAAGAGUCUGAAUUACGGGAUAAAGUUAAUAGAACAAAAAAUCGAGAAAUUGAAGAUUUACAAAAUGAAAAUAAGCAACUUAAAGCUGCCGCAACACAGAAAGAGGAAGAAUUAAUUG